AAGGCGGGCUCUUUCCGCCCAGAGUCAAAAUGGCAACGGCGGGAAGGCUAUUCCUACUCCAUAAUGGGGUCUACCCGGCUGGAGCUGAACCUGACGCGACUACUGGCCCGCUGCGAGGCGCUGGCGGCGGAGAAACGGGAUCCGAGCGAGUGGCGCCUGGAGAAGUAUGUGGAUGCUUUGGAAGACAUGCUCUGUGCUGUGAAGCAGCGCUCGAGUAAACCUGGUUGUGAGAUGCUUAAUGAGUACUCCAGAAAAGUGGAAUUUUUGAAAGGCAUGUUAAGAGUGGAAAAACUACCCUCCUCCUCUGAGAAAGCCCUGGCUAAUCAGUUCUUAGCUCCCGGCCGAACUCCCACCACAGCCAAAGAGAGGGUGUCGGCCACCAAAACUGUCCACCUGCAGACAAAAGCUCGCUACACCACUGAGAUGAAGAGCGAGCUGCUGGGAAUGGUUUCCUCUUCCAGGGAUGCCAAGGAACGAAGUUUAAGAAAACGAAUUGGUGUUGGGCCCGAGGAGAAGCAGUCAGCAUCUGAACUGGAUGCCAUGUUACAGCACCAUCACAACGUCCAGGAGAAGUUAGCAGAAGAAAUGUUGAGCUUGGCCCGCAAUCUCAAAAACAAUACUCUGGCAGCACAAAAUGUUAUUAAACAAGAUAAUCAGACACUCUCCCACUCCCUCAAGAUGGCGGACCAGAACUUUGAGAAGCUGAAGACCGAAUCGGAGCGCCUGGAACAGCACACAAAGAAAUCAGUCAACUGGCUUCUCUGGAUAAUGUUGAUUUUAGUCUGUUUUAUCUUCAUUAGCAUGAUACUUUUCAUAAGAAUCUUUCCGAAGCUGAAGUGACGGCUUUAACUCCAGGGGUAGCUAGCCGCCAUCGGACGGUUGUGCGGUUCGGCCUUCGUAGACGGCCAGCCGGCCCCCUCCCCUCAUCUUCACCCUUCCCUUCCAAAGCUAGUGGGAAGUAUAUACAUGAUUCCACAUCCAGCGUUCUGGGUGAGUCCACUCAACCUCCUUGUCUUGGUCAGGACUGUUGCUUCUUGCCAGAAGAGAUGAAUUACGGUUUUGUUGCUCCACAUGGCCAUUGGGCUCUGUUUAUGUUUAAUCUAAGCUCUCAUGGGCAAACUGCUUUGUCUCUGGAGCCUGUUUCAAAUCUGGAUUGCAGCCCCAACCUCGUAUACUUGGAGGUUUUAACAGGGUUACUUUAGAUGGGGGUGGGGGUUGGACUCGAUAUUGAGGUGGAAAUGGUCACAGAAAGAAAUCAGAAAACUCAGUCACCUGUUAGUAUGGAUCCUGCUCCUUGGCAAAUGUGUCUUGGAUGUGGGAACAUUAUGACAAAAUAAGAGUUGAUGUGCUUAAGGUUUUCUCUUUCCGGUUUAGAGGUAACCCCAUAAAGGUGAAGUUUUCAAUGAAAUGUGAAGUUUUUUUCCUCCUCCCUCUCCUUGCUCUCCAUUCAAGACAGCUCUCACCACUUUUCACUUCCGGGACUUAAUCUAUAACCAUAUCCCAUCGAUGUGUAAGACAGGUACACAGGAGUUCUAGUAUUUAAGAAAAAUCUCAUGCUGUCGAACUUGAUGAUUUAAAAAUCUAAGUGAACACUAGAGGCGCCUCCCAGCCAUUGAAUCCAUGGCCCAUAAAGUGAGAACACUCAUGAGUUUGACUCCUUCACUAACAAAAAUCACUUUUAAAAGGUAGCCUAUAGUUUUGAGUUCCUUUAUGCUGUAACCGCAAAGUUCCAUUUUCUGUACUUGAAGUGAAAAUAAGAAUUAAACCUUCCUCAUUCACUCUUUCCAUUAAAAACAGUACACCGUC